GUAAAUGUAAAAGGGCAGAAGAUCAGAGAGCCAAUCCAUUGUCAUGAAGCCCAUCUUGUAGGACACUUACUAAUGAGCAUGGAGAGGAAGGGACCCAUCCAACAAAAGCUUUAGAUAACCACAAAGCUGCACUUCUCACCCAGUUGCUGAAUCUCAUCCUUAUUAAAAAGGUUCCAGUCUUAUUGCCAUCAAACUGUAUCUAGCAUGUCUUCUACUGACCAAGGAAGUGAUACAGCUGAAAAUGCUCUCAAAAAUGCUGAAAUUGAACAACCAAAUGCCUGUGAGAUAGAGAAAGAACUUCCACUUGCUGAUGCCAACAUAAUUUCUCAGGUGGAAAACAAUGAAUCAGGCAGGGAGCUAAACUCAUCAAUCUCCCAAGAAGAUAUGUAUACCCAAGCAACAGAAAAUAGCCAUUCUGAAGAAGAGAAGACUCAAAAUGAUCCACCAAAUGAAGACUUAACAGAAGACACUCUUCUACUACAGAUACCUAUCCCAAGAAAGCUGGCAUUUCCUAGGUUAAGAUUGUUUAACAUUCUCUAUCUCUCAAUCCCACAACCACAAAUUCAUGAAAACAAGCCCUUAUCUGAUAAAACAAUGUUCUAUCCAGGAAGGAUGGAGAUGAGAAUAAGUGAUUAUUUUCCUAAUUCCACAUGUGACAAAAUAGUACAUUCUUAUUCCCUGCAAUGGCGCUUCCCGUUUAUUCAUUUUGAUGAGAUAAAUAGGAUGAUCAAUCGCCUAUUGUGCAGGAGAAAUUUCUCACCACCUGAACAUUGUCUACAUAACACAUGGGUAAAACAUAAAUAUGCAGCCAUUCUUUCUGACCCAAAUUUUCUCAACAACGUUGAAAGAAAUAUUGUCUUUGGAAGGCCUUUGAGAGUGUAUUACUACCACACACUUAUUGAAAGAUUGACUCAAAGAAAAACUAGUAAGUCCUAUCAAAACAACAAUGGAAACCACCCUUCUGUGAGGUCAAGAUUCUACCUGCCACAGUUCCCAACCCAGAACAUUGUCCAUAGAAAAUAUUUUAAAAAUAAUUGGAGAACUUGUCACAAACUGAAACUAGUAAUCAUAACCUACAAGAAUAAUUGGAAAUAUCUUUGUCCCAUCUGUGGGUGUACUUUCGACAACUUUCAAGAUUUUAAACAUCAUUUCUGUAACUUUUCUGGAAAUUAAAGUAGGAUUAUCUCUCUCUUUUUACAUUUUCAGUUCUAAAAUUUAGUAAUGUUAAUAUUCAUCUGAAACAAUAUCUUGUGAUCUGUAAAUUUAGGAUGAUUCCAUUACACUGCAAAACUGAAUACAAACUAUGUACUACAAUAAACAUUUCAGGGAAGAGAAUUAAUCUUCAUAUUUAUCAUUGGAAUAUGAAGCUGUUUAUUUACAUUGAGUCAGCAACUGAACCAAGAUGAUGUUUGCAACUCCCUUGACAUCUAUUUCUGCUGAUAUAAGUAUUGUUACUGGCCACAAAUUAAACAAUAUCCUGGUAAAGAUAGCAACAGAGAGAUAGACAAAGUCACACCAGGGACUUCUAGAGAUUCUGUUCAAUGAAAUAUCUGGUUCUCUCUAAAAUUCAAUAAAAUCAUAGUAAUGACAUUGCAAA